AUGACGUCACGACGGAGACGGACGCUCCCGCCGCCGCCGCCGCCGGCGCGCAGCUCCGGUGGCUCGUCGCUGGUCACGCCGCUACGGCAUCCGCUCGAGAAAAAAAGGGGACCCUCCGGACCUGUCGUGGCAUCUCGAGAAUCUAAUUGGAGAUUACUCUCAUCCCUCGGGACGUUCCUCUCCUCGCCGGCAGGGACGAAAAGAACCAAGUCCUCGGCCGCUGUUGAUGCCGCGUGA